GGGGCCCCUACAUGCUAGUGCACACUUCAGCACAAAAUUGUUUAUUUACUGUGGGGUCUGAGUUAGAUAAAUCCUAACAAAAUGGGUAACUAAUAAAAAAAAGUUUAAAGCAGAUUGUUUUGUAUGAUAUUCCAGUUCUUGCGGAAACUGCAUACAAGUCUGGUCUGCCAAGCGGCAGAAUCCUCGCUACUAGCCAAGUUACGGAAGAAGACUGGAUACACCAUUGCCAAUUGCAAGAAGGCCCUCGAGAUGCAUAACAAUAAUGCAGAUAAUGCAGAGGCUUGGUUGAAUGAACAAGCACAGGCUAUGGGUUGGGCCAAGGCCACCAAACUAGCCGGCCGCACCGCCCUUCAGGGACUUAUCGCUAUCAAAUUCGACAAACACCACGGUGUACUUGUUGAAGUCAACUGUGAGACAGACUUCGUUGCGAAAAAUGAAAAAUUCCAUAAACUGAUGGAGAGUGCUACACAGGCCUGCUACAAAUUUACACACAACCAUUUGAAAUCAAAGGGACCUGUGACAAAGAUGGAACUAGACAGCGAACAGCUAGCAAACCUAACCGCAGAAGGAAAAAAGCUUUCUGAAAUACUAGCUCUAUUCAUAGGCUCUGUUGGAGAAAAUGCGGUGCUCCGGCGCGCUGAAUGCUGGAAAGCUAACAGUGAUGACAUCAAAAUCGCAGGGUAUACCCACCCGGCGCCUAAUUCCCCUGGCGAUUAUUCAGCAGGCAAAUAUGGCGCGUUAUUAGCAUACAAACAAGCAAAUGAUACUCAAGAUAUUGGAAGACAACUUUGUCAACAUAUUGUUGGCUGUGACCCUAAAAAGAUUGGCACUAAGGAUAUUGAUAAACCAGCAAAGAAUUCGGAUGAUGAAACCUGUCUCAUUUUCCAAGAAUACUUGUUAGAUCCAUCCCUGACGGUAGAGGAAGUUUUAGAACAAAAUAAAGUGGAAAUCAUAGACUAUGUCAGAUUCUCGUGUGGUGCAGUAGUGGAAAAUCACUUGGGCGGCGUUGAGAAGCAACCAUUAGACACAGUUCAGACCUUGCAGUAAAUCUUGAACACAAAA